AUGGCGGACCCAUCGAAGAGAUUACAGGUACCCGACGACUCUGCCGCAGGGCCAUCAGAACCAUCGCGUUCGGGUGGUUCAGGUUACAACAACGCAACUCGCCCUGCGUCGACCCAGGUCUACUCUGCGACAGCACAACACUCAGCUGCGGCCCACAAUGGAUCGCAUGUGUCGCGCAAGCGCGCCUCGCACCAGGUCACCACGUCUCAGCCAGAGCGCGAGGAACCACUGGGCUAUCGUGAUGUUUAUUCCCACCCUGCGGCAGUUGCGUACGCAGCCGCCCAUCCGCGACGGACGAUUCCCAAAUUCGGGCCUUACCUGCUUUUGCAAACUCUUGGUGAGGGCGAGUUUGGCAAAGUCAAAUUGGGGCUGCAUUCCCAGUGGGGCGAAGAAGUCGCAGUAAAGCUUAUACGACGUGGAAACAUUGACACAGUGGUCCGAAUGUCAAAGGUAGAACGUGAAAUCGAGGUCCUUCGAACUAUCAAGCAUCCAAAUAUCGUACGCCUGUACGAUGUCAUCGAAACUGACAAAUACAUCGGCAUCAUCUUAGAAUAUGCAUCUGGCGGAGAAUUAUUUGACCAUAUCCUGGCACAUCGUUACCUCAAAGAGAAAGACGCUUGCAAGCUUUUUGCUCAACUCGUUUCGGGCGUCUGGUACAUCCAUCAAAAGAAAAUUGUUCACCGGGAUCUAAAACUAGAGAACCUGCUUUUGGAUCGCCACCGUAAUGUUAUCAUUACCGAUUUCGGAUUUGCUAAUCGUUUCGAACAUCGCGCGGACGAUCUCAUGCAGACGAGCUGCGGAAGUCCUUGCUACGCUGCUCCAGAACUCGUGAUCUCGGAAGGUCUCUAUGUUGGCUCCGCAGUCGAUAUUUGGUCUUGCGGUGUUAUACUUUACGCUAUGCUGGCCGGUUAUCUUCCGUUCGACGAUGAUCCCGCGAACCCGGACGGCGAUAAUAUCAAUUUGCUCUAUAGGUACAUAGUCAAUACGCCACUUACGUUCCCAGACUAUGUCUCC